AUGGCAGACGUUGGACGUAAGCGUAAGGCGCAUACGAAGUCAAGAAGAGGCUGCGGUAAUUGCAAACUCAGACGAGUCAAAUGUGACGAAGGCAGACCGGCUUGUGAGAAGUGUCGUUCUUAUGGAGUGUCCUGCAGCUACGAAGGCGGCGACACCUCAACCGAGCUUCAACAUGAUGGCGAAGGCGCCUUUGAAGUCCAGCCUGCAGAAACAUCACAGCUCCCGACUUCAACAGCAGAUCGCAUGGAGGAUUUGGUGGCAAAUAUAAUGCCCAAGCCAAGUCGACCACUCGGCACAAAUGCCAGCCUCAAUCUACCACCCACACCACCUGCGGAGAUUAUCCUUGGCAUGCUGGACUAUCCUCUCAAACUCCACGAUACCGAUGAAGUCUACGUCUGCACGGCGCGAGACUUGGACAGACUAAGGAGGUUUCACGAACGAACGGUCCUCACCAUUGGGACUGCCCAGACCAUCCACAUCUACAGGGAUUCGAUCACGCAACUGGGCAUGCACCACGAUUAUGUUACGCAUAUCAUAUUCACGAUCGUUCUAAUGCACGACCGCUACCUCUCCGACGACCCCUGGCAGGGCCCAACCACAGAGGAGACUUUCCACCACUACCACGGCACGGCCAUGUUCAACAAAAUGCUCUCUGCACCUCUCGCGCACUCCGAAAAGGACGCGAUGUGGGCAGCCGCAGCCCUGCUAGGCGCUAUCACCAUAGCAGCAGUCGAUGCCAAGACGGCGGAGGGGUCCUGGCCUCUCAAAGCAGCCGCUCCACAGGAUCUCGACUGGCUGCGUAUGAGCGAUGGCAAGAAGGAAGUCUGGAGGCUUGCAGAUCCUCUGCGCGAAGACAGUAUCUGGCGACCGGCUCUCAUGUAUCAGUUUGACAAAGACCCGCCAGCUUUGGCACGAAGACCGGAGCUGAAGGCUUUCGUACCUGUCCUGACAAGACUGUGUGGCUAUGACAGUACAUCAGAUGGUACGGGCAACCCUUACCACACCGCCACUUCCAUCGUCAUCAGACUACUGCCGAUACAAUGUACCCACUCCACGAUCCUUUACUUCCUUUCCUUUAUCGGACAUAUGGAGCCCGAAUUCAAGGACCGACUACAUCAAAAGGACGAACGCGCCCUCCUGCUACUGGCAUGGUGGUACGCGAAGAUGCUGGACUAUCCCUCGUGGUGGCUGCAGCGACGCGCUAAUCUCGAAUGCAAGAGCCUCUGCAUAUACUUGUCUCGCCGCUACAUGAUGACCACAGAUGUUGGUAAGCUGCUUGAGUUUCCUAAGAUGAUGUGCGGUCUGGCUGUCAGCAAUGAAUUUGCCAAUGCUGUCGACCAGGCAAGGUCUGCUCAAGUUUGA